AUGGCGCUGCAUCAGCUGCUGCUUCUGGUGGUCGCCCUGCCGGGGCUUCUGCAAGCCGCCGGCCCGCCGCCGCCGCCUCCCUUCCCCGGCGCCGGUUCGGAACCCACCCGCAGCUGCUCGGUGCUGCUGGACCCGCUCUCCGGCCAGCUGAAGGUGGUGAGCGGCUGGGCUCCGUCCGCCGUCGCCUGGGCCAACCUGACCGAGGGGAUCCGAGAAACCGGGUGGGCUUCCCUGGAGCUAACCACCAAUGAAAAGUAUAAUGACAGCAUCCAGGCUUACGCAGCAGGGUUGGCUGAAGCAGCAGUAUCUGACCAGCUCAUCUACAUGCACUGGAUGAAUAUCAUGGUGGGCUACUGUGGCCCCUUCAAGUACCAGACGGACUACUGUCAGAAGCUGAAGAACUACAUUGAAAUCAACCUGGCCUGGAUGGAAGAGCAGAUUGAGGGAGGGAAAGACUCCGAAUACUGGUACCAGGUACGCCUCGCUCUGCUGCAGUUGAAGGGUCUUGAGGACGGUUACAAUGACCAAGUGGCCUUCCCCACGGGCAAGUUCUCCAUUGCCCCCUUCGGCUUCCUCUUGUUCCAGCUCGGGGGUGAUUUGGAAGACCUGGAAUCGGCCUUCAACAAAUCUGAAAGCCAGCGCGUCCUGGGUUCGGGGUCGUGCUCUGCUUUCAUCAAGCUGUUGCCUGGCAACCGGGAUCUCUUCGUCUCCCACGACACGUGGAGCACCUACCAGUCCAUGCUGCGAAUCCUCAAGAAGUAUACUUUGCCAUUCCGGACUUCAGACCGCAGUGACAGCUUGAUCCCCGGGUACGUCCAGGCUUUCUCCUCGUAUCCAGGCACCAUCUUUUCCGGAGACGACUUCUACAUCUUGAGCAGUGGCCUGGUCACUCUGGAAACCACCAUUGGGAACAGCAAUAGCAGCCUGUGGAAGUACAUCCAGGCCAAAGAGAGCGUCUUGGAAUGGCUGCGCAACAUCGUGGCCAAUCGGCUUGCCAGGAGCGGGGCGGAGUGGGCGGCCGUCUUCCAGAAGUUCAACAGCGGCACGUACAAUAACCAGUGGAUGAUUGUGGAUUAUAAUUCUUUCAUCCCAGGCAAGGCGAGCCUCCAGGGGGGCGUGCUCACCGUGCUGGAGCAGAUCCCGGGGAUGAUCAUUGCGGACGACAAAACCGACCAGCUGUACCAAGACGGAUAUUGGGCAAGCUACAAUGUGCCGUAUUUCAAAGAGAUCUUCAACGCCAGUGGCCUUCCUCCGCUGGUGGAGAAGUACGGCGACUGGUUCACCUACGACAAGAACCCCCGGGCCCAGAUCUUCCGGCGCAACCAGACCCUCGUCCGGGACAUGGACUCUAUGAUCCGGCUCAUGAGGUUCAACGACUUCCCGAAGGAUCCGCUGUCCCGGUGCCAAGCCUGCGAUCCGCCCCAGAACGGUGAAAACGCGAUUGCCGCCCGCUCGGAUCUCAACCCGGCCAACGGCACGUACCCCUUUGGUGCCCUCCGCCAGAGGCCGCACGGGGGUACUGAUAUGAAGGUCACUUCCUUUGAGAUGGCCAGGAACUAUAGCUUCAUUGCCACCAGUGGACCUACCUGGGACAACCUGCCGGCUUUCCAGUGGAGUUCCUCUCCAUAUCAUAAUUUGCUUCACAUGGGCCACCCUGACGUUUGGCGUUUCUCACCCAUCCAGGUCCGCUGGGGUUGAUGCCUCACAGAUUCGGGCUUCUCCGGUCCCGCUGGGCUGGCGUGCUGGGCACCAUUCCAGCUGUUGCUGCAGGGCUUUGUGGAUCUGCAUUGCAGCCUUAGCUUGCUCUCUUUUGAAAGAAGAAUGAAGGUUUCCUCUCUCUUCUUUUAAAUUCUUGAAUGGCUGAGAGCAGUUGAGAAUGAAGGAAUACGAUUGGGGGCGAGUUGUCAGCUGUGAUUCAAUGGGAGCACAGAUUUCAGUUACCUGAGAACCUCAGCUUUCUAGAAGGGUAUUAUUAUUAUUAUUAUUUGUCUUAAGUUUCUAGUCCUUAUGGGCACAAGGAUAUUCCUUGAAGGUGUGUGUAGGCAAAUGGCUGCUGCGAUCUCGGAAGCCAGACAGGGUGCUGAAUCAGAUACCUGGUGGGCAGGGAUGGAGCAAAUUUUGAGUUCUGUCUGGUUUUGACUGAAACCCGGAACGGAUUUCCCGCCCCACUGACAUCGGAGCCACCAGCCUCCACUGUAAGUUACCACUGUGUCUUGCCGUUAUAGUGGUACUGGAGUGUACUGGCAACUGUUGGGGCUCAUUGACACAGACCGUAUACCGCUUUCAUAGUGUUAUAUCCUGCUUGGUGCAGAACUGGCCUGAAUUCUAGCUGAUGCAGGACUUAUAAUGACAACCAUGAAAAAUGCAAAACAACAACAGCGUUUUGCCUUCAGUGCUAAGGUGUGUUAUAAGGGACCUCCCCCCCCCCCACUUUUCCACCUCUCCUACUUGAGCCAAAUCGAAAUGAUCCGUCUGUUGGCGGCAUGUCUCCUGCCCUAUCAGCAGGACACGCGGGUCUGCUGCUCAGACACAUAAAGAAUUUUCUGUCUGUCUCGUGUGAUCAAAAGUUAAAGCAUUUCAUGAUGAUGAUUUAUCCUAAU